AUGUCUGCAAAUGGUCCACCAGUGUUCAACAUUUCAGAUUCACCAAGUGCUGAAAAGUAUCUUGAGAUAGAGAAGUAUUUUAAAUCAAAUUUUAGCAAUCCUCCAAAAUUUUAUGCUCGAGUCCCUGGCCGAGUUAAUUUAAUAGGGGAGCACAUUGACUAUUGUGGGUUUUCUGUUUUGCCCAUGGCUCUUGAGCAAGACAUUGUACUUGCUGUUGGAACAAAUGAUGCUAAUGUUUUAAAUAUAAUUAAUUUUGAUUCUGAGCGGUAUGAAAGCUUUUCCACAUCAGUUCAAGAUUUGCACAUAGACACAUCCUGUCCUCAUUGGUACCAUUAUUUUCUGUGUGGUUACAAAGGCAUAUCUGAGAAAUAUGUGCUGAAAAGAAAAGGACUCAAUGUUGUGGUAAAAGGAUCCGUCCCACCAUCAGCUGGGUUAUCAAGUUCAAGUGCAUUAGUGUGUGCUAGUGCCUUAGCAACAGGUUAUGCCAAUGGUAUUUCAAUAAGCAAAGUUGAGUAUGCUACAUUGUGUGCUGAAUCGGAAAAAUAUAUUGGAACUCAAGGUGGAGGCAUGGAUCAAAGUAUUGGGUUUUUAGCUGAAUCAGGAACAGCAAAGCACAUCGAAUUCAACCCUCUGAGAACUACUAACGUUCCAUUGCCUAAGGGUGUGGCUUUUGUUGUUAGCAAUAGCUGUGUUGCUAUGAAUAAAGCAGCAACUUCUGAAUUCAAUACUAGAGUGCUUGAAUGCAAAUUAGCUGCUAAGGUUUUAGCAAAACUUCAUGGCUUUGAGUGGCAAACUGUGGAAAAACUUGCUGAAAUACCAUUUUUGCUGAAAAAGGACUUGCCUGAAAUGAAAGAUGUUAUUGAUUCACACCUUUCUUCAAAGUUGUAUUCUAGGCAAGAUAUAUGCUGUAUGCUCGAUAUAGAAAGUGAACAGUUCCAAUCAUUCUUAAGUAAAAACACGCAGCACUUGGAAAAAUUUCAACUUGGUAACCGUGCUCAACAUGUUUUUCAAGAAGCAUAUCGGGUGAGACAGUUCAAGUUAAUCAGUGAAGAAGGUGGAGAUAACACAGUGCAUGAACUUGGGAGACUGAUGAAUGAAAGUCACGUUAGUUGUCGCGAUCUUUAUGAAUGCAGCCAUCCUGUUUUAGAUGAUCUAGUGCAAACUGCUUUGGAAUCGGGUGCUAUCGGAUCAAGAUUAACGGGAGCUGGGUGGGGAGGAUGCUGUGUCUCUCUGGUGAUGGAAAAUCGUGUUGAAGAAUUUUUGCAAAUGAUGAAAAAGAAAUUUUACGACAAGAGAGGCCAUGGUGGUGAGGGCACUGAAAAUAAUACUCUCAUGUUCCCAACAAAACCAAGUGCAGGAGCAGCAAUAUAUUCUACUUAAAUAGCCUUAUCAGAAUUCUAAAUUCCGGCUUAUAGUGGGACGCCGCACCUCAUUUCUGUAAAGGUGUCCUUCCUCAACCUAACCUAGCGCUUCU